AUGGAGAUCUCUCCUGACUUGGUCACCUGCAACACCCUGAUCAGCGCAUGUGCUCGAGAAACUCGAUGGCCAGACGCGAUCAAUCUGUUGACUUCGAUGGAAGGCAGAAGAGUUCUCCCAGACCUCAUCAGCUUCAAAACUGCCAUCACCUCCUGUAGGAAGGAGGGGCGAUGGGAAGAAGCCUUGGAGCUUUUGAGCCUCAUGUGGCAGCAACGAGUGGCCAUUGACUUGAUCACGAUGAACAGUGCCAUGACCUGUACGGCCUCCGCACAGCAGUGGAAGGAGGUGAUGGUCCUGUUCGAUUCUAUGAGGAUCUGCAAGCUGAGCCCAGAUCGUUUGAGCUACAGCACUGCCAUGAGUGCCUGUGAAUCCUGGCAGAGGGUCUUGGAGUCCCUGCAGAAUAUGCUGAAACUUGGUGUUGUGGACGUCACUAGCUGGAGCAGCCUCCUACAGACCUGCAGGGAGCAGCGGGAGGUUGGAGUGUCAAUCAUCGAGGCGCUUGGCAUGUCCCAGCAAGACGUGGUGCUGACCAGUGCGACCAUGGACUUUUGGGCGAGGAUCCAUCAAUGGGCAAAGGCCUUGCAGCUGUUUACUGCAAUGCCGCACGCCAGGAUCAGGCCCAAUGUCUCGGAUUUCACCAUGGCCAUGCUUGCUUGCAGCCAAAGUCGCCUGUGGCAGCGGGCCUUGCAGCUCUUUCGGAGAAUGAAGGAUGAUUUGGAAGGGAACCUCAAUAUCAUUGCCUACAACACAGCCAUGGGGGCAUCCUUGGAUUUGCAUCCAUCCAGGACUUGUAUUUAA